CUGCCAACAAGUGCCAAGUGCCAAACUGCCAACUGCUGAAUUUACUGAAAUCCGUAGUCUUAUCAUCGUAAUAUGCUGAAAAUUUCAAUAAAUUCCACGAGGACUGAGGAUUAUGAAGUAAUUACCUUGUGUAAUUAUCCGUUUGUGUAUUUAUAAAAAUCACAAUAGUACUAAAUUGAGAACUCUACAAUCUUAAUAGAAAUAUGUUUGUGUUUGAAGAUAAAUCAAAUAAACAUAGUUCUCAUACUUUUUCCUUUGCUAGUCGACUUAAAGAUAUUUGGGAGAAAAUACACACGAAAACUGAUGUAUUUAGAUAUAAGGUGGACAAUUUAAAGCAAAAGAUUGAAGGCCCCUAUGUGUUUCAAUUCAAUCCAUAUAGAAAUGCAAAGAGGAGACCACCAGAACAAAUAGAUGAUGUUUGCCAAGCAUUUGACAAAAACAAAUUUAACUUCUGCAAGGUAUCGCCAGAAGAAGUCAUUUUUCAAUUUUGGAGGGAAAAUAAAACAGAUGACGUCCACACAAUCCUAGUAAAUGUGAGUCCAAUAAAUAAGUACCAUUCUUUAUUAUGUCCAUCUGUGAACAAGAUGUUGCCACAAAUGAUCACAUUGGAAAGUCUUCAACUGGUAAUCGAUUUAUAUACCAUGGCGGGGGAUCGGGAUUUACGAAUAGGCUUCAACAGCUUAUGUGCUAUGGCGUCAGUUAAUCAUUUACACUACCAUUUAUUUAUUGUGAGCCAGAACUUACCAGUGGAGACUGUGAAAUGUAAAAACAUCAAAGGUCCAAUCUGGGUGAUACAGUAUUACCCCAUACCAGCGUUUUGUUUCGAAAUAACCACAAGUGCGAUAGAAAUGUAUAAAAUAAUAGAAUAUUUCUUCAAAAAAUCAAUAGCACAUAACAUUUUCGUCACUAGAGGGCGCUGUUUUGAAAGCGACUCGGAAACACAUAGAGUUCUCAUAUGGCCAAGAAAAAGUAGUUCUGGUGCAAAACAAUUAACUGAAAUGAAUGCAGGUGUAUGUGAGCUUAGUGGAUGGUUCCCAGUAUAUAGUGCUGAAGAUUAUGAAAAUAUUGAUAUCAAAAGUUUGGAAGCGGAACUGUGUAAAUGGAAGUAUGAAGACUUUGAUCAGUUAUGUACAGAUAUCGAACUUUUAUAUUAAUUUUAAAUUAAUCUUGAAUUUCCGUAAGUGUUCUCGAACUUCUCGAUUGAAAAAGCACACAUUUUGUUGCGUUGCAGUUCUUUAUGAUUAAUCGCACUAACAAAAACUGUAUCACAC